UGAAAAAAUGGAAACAGCUGGAGUUUCAGUUUAAAGAGGAGGAAGAAAGGAGGGAGAAGAAGACUUAGCUUACACAGUACACAUCAUCUGCUCCAUCGAAUAACGUUAAUAACUUCCAACACCCCUUUUUCUUUUUCUUUUUUUAUUUUUAGUUUCAACAGAGUUCAUAACUUUGCAACAACACCGCCCAAAAAACAUGCCUUCAGUUUUUCUUAUUCUGUCGGUUACAGCUCUUCAUUCGGCUCCAAGCACAAACGAACUGCUAGCUAGCCAGGCAGAGAGGAGAAUAUCUUAAAGUUGAUGCUCUUGGAGUGAAGGAACAGCAACAGCACCUGAUUCGCUUUUGUGGGUCGAUUUCAAGUUUGGAUUUUUGUUUACGUUUCUCUGAUUGGUGAGAAGGUUAUGGCGUUUUGCCCCAUGUUUUGUUGCGGAAAUGUUUCCGAUCGCAAGGCACGGGGGAAGAAACAACCUCCAUGGCGGGUGUUUUCUCUGAAGGAAUUACAUUCAGCUACCAAUAAUUUCAACUAUGAUAACAAGCUUGGCGAAGGCGGAUUUGGGAGUGUCUACUGGGGUCAGCUUUGGGAUGGAUCACAGAUUGCUGUGAAAAGAUUGAAAGUUUGGAGCAGCAAAGCAGACAUGGAAUUUGCUGUUGAAGUUGAGAUAUUGGCAAGGGUUCGACACAAGAAUCUUCUAAGUCUGCGUGGCUAUUGCGCUGAAGGUCAGGAACGAUUAAUUGUGUAUGACUACAUGCCGAACUUGAGCCUAGUCUCUCAUCUUCAUGGGCAGCACUCAGCUGAAAGCCUUCUUGAUUGGAAGCGACGGAUGAUUAUUGCAAUCGGCGCUGCCGAGGGAAUUGCAUAUCUUCACCACCAAGCAACACCACACAUCAUUCAUAGAGAUAUCAAAGCAAGCAAUGUGUUGUUGGAUUCAGAUUUCCAAGCACAGGUUGCUGAUUUUGGUUUCGCCAAGUUGAUCCCGGAUGGGGCAACGCAUGUGACUACUAGAGUUAAAGGCACUCUUGGCUACUUAGCACCAGAAUAUGCUAUGUUAGGUAAAGCAAAUGAGAGUUGUGAUGUAUAUAGUUUCGGUGUUCUUCUUCUAGAACUUGCCAGUGGCAGAAAACCACUUGAGAAACUCAGUAAUGCGGUGAAGCGCACCAUCAGUGAUUGGGCACUGCCUUUGGCUUGUGAGAAGAAAUUCAGGGAAAUUGCAGAUUCAAGACUUAAUGGGGACUAUGUGGAGGAAGAGCUUAGAAGAGUUGUUUUGAUUGCUCUUAUAUGUGCUCAGAGUCAAGCUGAGAAAAGACCAACCAUGCUUGAGGUGGUGGAGCUACUCAAGGGUGACUCCAAAGAUAAGAUUUCUCAGUUGGAAGCCAAUGAACUCUUUAUCAGCUCUGUAACUGUUGGACAUGACCAUGGAAGCAGUUCAGACAUCAUUUCAGAAGAGAACCAAUCAAAACAUCAAUUGGAACACAUGAAAAGUGCAUAGGAGACAAUUAUGGAUUUUGAUUUGUCAAAGUUAUCAGGACUUUUCUUUUUCUUUUCCCCUCCUAAUAUUGCAUUGGAAACUGGGUGCCCAUUUAUUUGAGCUGCGGCAGGGGCCAUGUACUUCUACACCCUCUUAAUAUUUUAUAUGGUUGUGGGCUUGUGGCUGUAAACUGUAACUUCCGGAAAUUUCGGGAUUUCAUGGGAUUGUAGUUUGCUAAUCCCUAUGGACCAGUUUUAGGCUGGGUUUGGUAAAGCUUUUUCAGGAGGUGCUUGUGCUUUUAAAAAGCACAAGCACGUCAUUUUGCGUUUGGUAAAUUAAAAAGCUCAAGUGCUUGUGCUUGCGGCUUUUAAAAGUUAGGGGUGCUUUUGAAAGCACCUAGGAGAGAGCUUUUCAAAGCUGGCUUAUGCUUAUCAAAUUUUUUUCAUUUUCCCGCACA